AUGGCAGCGUCACUGUGCCUGCGCGGCACUCGCCAGCUUGCUCUGCGCUCUCAAUUGCGCACAGUUCCUUCAUCCCUACGACGAACCUCGCCUUCCCGAUUCCUCCCCGCAUACCGCAGCUUACACACGACAUCGCAACCGUUGCCUUCCACACGGCGGCCGGUCUACACCAGCUCCGUUGCGGACCAUGGCGUUCCUCACCCAGCCGAUGUCUUUCAGCCCCUAGAUACCUUCCCGCGGCGUCACAUUGGCCCUUCUCCAGAUGCCGCGGAGGAGAUGUUGGCUGUCCUUGACCCUCCCGCCGCAUCUCUUGACGAGUUCGUCAAGCAGGUUCUCCCCGCCGAUGUGCUGUCCAAGAAGGACUUGAAUGUCACACUUCCGAGCGCCGAUACAGGUCUGCCCCGGAGCAGCGUGCAUGGAGGCUUGGGAGAGACGGAUAUGCUGAAGCUGUUGGAUAAAUACCGCAAACAGAUCGACGUCUCUGGAAAGACUUUCAUCGGUGCCGGUUACUAUCCCACAAUAGUUCCCCCGGUUAUCCUCCGCAACAUCCUGGAGAACCCUGCGUGGUACACAAGUUACACACCCUACCAGCCGGAGAUCAGUCAAGGUCGCCUCGAGUCGCUCCUGAACUUCCAGACCUUGACCGCUGACUUGACCGGGCUCGCAUUCGCCAAUGCCUCCGUUCUGGACGAAGGUACUGCUGCUGCCGAGGCUAUGACCAUGUCUAUGGCCACCUUGCCUCUUGGCAAGCAGAAGAAGGCAGACAAGACCUACGUGAUCUCUCACCUGGUCCACCCUCAGACAAUUGCCGUAAUGCGCUCGCGUGCGGAAGGGUUCGGUAUCAAUCUGGUCAUCGGCGACAUUCUGGCCGAUGGUCACAAGCUCGUCAAGGAGCAAGGCGACAGCCUCAUCGGUGUCCUUGCCCAGUAUCCCGACACCGAAGGUGGUGUCUACGAUUACCAGGCGCUGAGCGACACUAUCCACGGUACCGGUGGUACCUUCAGCGUUGCGACUGAUCUGCUCGCAUUGACGGUUCUCAAGGCUCCGGGCGAGUUUGGAGCUGACAUCGCUUUUGGCAGUGCCCAGCGAUUCGGUGUUCCUAUGGGCUAUGGCGGUCCUCACGCUGCCUUCUUUGCUUGCGCAGACAAGUACAAGCGCAAGGUUCCUGGACGUGUUGUUGGUGUUUCCAAGGAUCGCUUGGGCAACCGCGCGCUGCGUCUUGCUCUGCAGACAAGAGAACAGCACAUUCGUCGUGAAAAGGCUACUAGCAACAUUUGCACGGCUCAGGCUCUGCUUGCUAACAUGAGCGCCAUGUAUGCUGUCUAUCACGGGCCUUCCGGUCUGAAGACUAUCGCUCAGCGUAUCAUGUCCAUGACUACCGCCCUUCAAAGCAAGCUCGCUGCCCUGGGAUACAAUGUCCCCGUCAAGUCAAAUGUCGCUGAUGGCGCGGCUGUCUUCGAUACCGUCACUGUCGAAUUCGCUAGCAGUCAAGAGGCAGAUGCGAUUUUCGCCGCUGCCCGCGAGAACUCGCUUUUCCUCCGCCGCAUUUCUGAGACCAAGGUUGGUAUCUCCCUAGACGAGACCGCUGGACGCGACGAGGUCAAGACCAUCCUCCAGGUCUUCUCUACCCAUGCGUCCAAGGGCGAGGUCACUCUAGAAAAAGAACUUGCGUUGGCUUCCGUCCCCGCAAGCUUGGAGCGUACUUCUGCCUAUCUCACUCACCCCGUCUUCAACACUCACCACUCCGAGACCGAAAUGCUCCGGUACAUUCGUCACCUUGAAUCCAAGGAUUUGUCUCUGGCUCACUCCAUGAUUCCUCUCGGAUCUUGCACCAUGAAGCUCAACGCUACCACUGAGAUGAUUCCUGUCUCGUGGCCCGAAUUCUCCCAGAUGCACCCAUUUUUGCCCGCUGACGUCGCCAAGGGAUACACCCAGAUGAUUGACGACCUGGAACAGCAGCUCGCGGACAUCACUGGUAUGGCUGAGGUCACCGUUCAGCCCAACUCCGGCGCUCAAGGUGAAUUUGCCGGUCUUCGCGUCAUCAAGAAGUACCAGGAAGCCACUGGCGACUCCAAGCGUACCAUCUGCUUGAUUCCGGUCUCGGCUCACGGUACCAACCCUGCCAGUGCUGCCAUGGCCGGUAUGAAGGUGGUUACGAUCAAGUGCGAUACUAAGACGGGCAACCUCGACUUGGAAGACCUGGAGGCCAAGUGCAAGAAGCACCAGGAUGAACUCGCGGCCAUCAUGAUUACCUAUCCCAGUACCUUUGGUGUGUACGAGCCUGGUGUCAAGAAGGCUUGUGAUCUUGUUCACCAGUAUGGUGGCCAGGUCUACAUGGACGGAGCGAACAUGAACGCGCAGAUUGGUCUAUGCUCUCCCGGUGAGAUUGGUGCCGAUGUCUGCCAUCUGAACCUGCACAAGACCUUCUGUAUCCCCCACGGCGGUGGUGGUCCUGGUGUGGGCCCCAUCGGUGUCGCUGAGCACCUCCGUCCCUACCUGCCAUCUCACCCCAACAGCGAGUACCUCCAGUCUAAGCGCUCAGAGCUCUCCUCCCCGCCAAUCAGUGCUGCACCUUGGGGUAGCGCCAGCAUCCUCCCCAUCACCUUCAACUACAUCAACAUGAUGGGCUCCAAGGGUCUGACGCACGCGACCAAGAUCACCCUGCUCAACGCGAAUUACAUCCUCUCCCGUCUCAAGGAACACUACCCCAUCCUGUAUACCAACGACAAUGGCCGCUGCGCGCACGAGUUCAUCCUCGACGUCCGCAAGUUCAAGGAUACCUGCGGCAUUGAAGCCAUCGACAUCGCCAAGCGUCUGCAAGACUACGGCUUCCACGCCCCGACCAUGUCCUGGCCUGUCGCCAACACGCUCAUGAUUGAGCCCACAGAGUCCGAGAACAAGGCCGAGCUCGACCGGUUCUGCGAUGCCCUCAUUUCCAUUCGCCAGGAGAUUGCCGCUGUUGAGAGCGGCGAGCAGCCCCGUGAGGGCAACGUUCUCCGCAUGGCACCCCACACACAGCGCGACCUACUCGCCACCGAGUGGGAUCGGCCGUAUACGCGUGAAAAGGCGGCUUAUCCUCUUCCUUAUCUUGUUGAGAAGAAGUUCUGGCCGUCUGUCACGCGAGUGGAUGAUGCAUACGGUGACCAGAACCUGUUCUGCACAUGCGGACCUGUGGACGAGAUCGAGUAG